AUGAGAUUAUACAAUCUAAAAGGUGUCAUUUCUUGCAUUGAUCUUGUGGCUAUUUUGCUGUUAUACAGCUUGGAAGAUAUGUUUCGAAUAGAUACAAUAGAAGUUCUUGACAUUACACAAACUCAAAAAGCAAAGGUGUAUAUUAGUAAAGUUGGUUCUAAAAUAGGACUAAAGCAAAUCCAGAAAAAAUCAUAUACAAGACUUAGUGACUAUGAGACUGAAAAUAAUAAAAAUACUAAUGAAGACAAUUUGUUUUCUGGAGAUAAAACUAAAGAAAAUUUUAAAACUAUAACUUUUGAUAAAUUCAUAAAUAGAUUUAAAAUGAGACAAAUUGAAAAAUAA